CUAAAUUUAGGGAUGUCGCGGAAUUGUAUUACUUUUUGACAAACAAAAAUGUUUCCCCCGUAUUAUGCCAUAUUUUGAUUAAAUCAUGGACAAGGAUACACAGAUGCCAGCUAUUUUUCCUUCAAGUCUGCUAAAUGAUCUUCAGAAUCACAGAACUCAUGAUGUGCGUAACCUGUUGAAGCGACUGGAAUGUAUAGCCACUCAGGUUGAGGGAGCUUGGCAGGGGUGGGCGGAGCCCCAAGUCACUUGUCUGGUGGUAGCCUUGGUCACAGCGUAUCUUUAUACGGCAGACUCUAUCAAGCUCUCCAGGGCCAUUGAAAAGAUAUUGAAGCCAAUGCAGACACAUCAUGCUGAUAGCAUACUUGGGAGAUUGGAGGGCCAAAUUCUGUCUGUCCUUGAGAAUGCAGCGGCAGAUGUCAAACUGCUUUCUAGAGUCAGUGUUCUGCUGGAGCAGAGUAAAUUAGUGCAGUCUGUGUUGAGGAGCAAUAUUUUACGAGUCAUCUCCCUUGUUUCUAAACAGUUACUGCCUCUGACAACACUUCCUCCACAGGAACUGACUACAACCCAAACACUACAGCUUCAUGCUCUUAUCAAGAUGGUGCUUCAGAUGUGCCAGGUUUGUCCAGAUGUGUUUCAGCAGGCUGUUUGGGUGGGUGGGACAGACCCUGACAUUGACACACAUGUAUCUAAUCUUGUCAACUGUCUCGUUACGGUGCUCAAGUCUCCUGGUCACUGUGUGGAUUGCCUGUUGCUGUGCGGGACUGCUACAUGUCUGCUCCUGAACACCUGUCCUCUUGCCCCUCAGGCUGCAGGUGCUGCAAUCAAACUGUUGACUGUCACCCUAAGUGCAGAUGAGAACUUUGAUACAUCACAUCUCAAGCAUGACCAAUUCUAUUCUAGCAGAUCAAGGGAGUUCAUAAUAGCUCACCUUUCAUCUGUCACAUCCAGAACCCUCGGCCCUGUGGCUCUGCUGAGAGGGCUGGUUACCUGUGGUAACACGGAUAUUCUUCUUGCAAGGAUGGGAAAUGGGGAAACAAGUGUCUUAUCACCUGAAUCAUUGCAAACUGAAGCUGGUCAUUUACAAUCACAAACUUUUAUGACUGAACUGUUUUCAUAUAUCCAUACUUUGUGCCAAGGGGAUUUAACAAUACACUUUCAAGCCUUUCAAAUAUUGUCCCUUUGGUAUAUUAGACUUACAAAAUUCCUUACCAGCCAGCAAGAUGUAGACAUUGGCACCACAUUGGUCACCAUACAGGAGAGCACUUUAAACCUGGUGGUCUUGAACUGGGACAGCCCUGUGGCAGAUGUGCCGGAAGCAGUGGUGGAAGUUUUCACCAGCAUGAUGACUGUGUGGGUGUCUUUGAAAGGUGAAAUGCCAGACUUUCCUGCUAAUGUGGCGAGUAUGUUAAUGUCCACCCCCUGGCAUGUGAAGGGAAAGUAUAGAGUAUGGGCUGCUGCUCUCAAGUACUGCCAGCCGGAACAGUAUGGUUGUGAGAGUAUGGAGAAUCAUAUGUUGCGAUGUUUGACGACAAACCACCUGGCCGCGUCCUCUGCAGCUCUCUACAAGGCUAGCAUCACAUUACUGAGCUCGAGUCCAGGAGCCCUGGAGACAUGGAAGCAGGUAAAGAUGCCUACCCUGGUAGAAGGAUUAACCAGUCAGAACAGUUUACUGCGGUACAACACAAGUCAAUACUGGGUGCCUGUAACAAUCAAGCUGUUCCCCCUCUCAGCUGGAGUGAUCAAAUCUUACCUGUCUGGGGAAAUGGACUAUGCCACAAGCUCUGCUGCCCGGACCAGGCUACUGCAUGCCUGGAUCAUUGUUACAAAGACAGUCCGCAGCCUCACUGGAGUCUCUGAUCUGGACAACAACAAAUGUGUGGAAGAGGCUCUAUAUAGUAUGGACGAAGAUGUUCGCUUGGAUGCCAUUGGGCUGCUCUGUAACACACUCAAGAAAGCAGAGAAUCUGUCAGAGACUGAAGAUAGACUCCUACGCCAGGUAGUUCCUGUGAAUGUGAAGGUAGACUCUGCCCCUUUCAGACAGCUCCUGGUUACCAACAUACGCAGACUGCUGAUCCGGCUAAGGGACAGCUGUACCCCACUCCUCAAAGAGCCAGACAAACACAAAACAACCCUUGAUCGCUCACUUGACUUUGUAAGCUGGCUCCAUGGAUUGUGUAUUGGUAAUCUCUUUGCUGGAGCAAGUUACCAGCGCCGGAAGUGCAGCCUGGACCUGCUACAUGUGUUAUACGGGAACCUUGUGCACUCACCCAACACUGGACACAGGAAGGGAUUUGUACCAGAGACGGCACUGAAAUUGCUAGAGUUUGCUGGAAGAAGAUGGGAGUUUUUUAGUCCAGACAAUGCUUGCACUUUGAUAAUAUGUUUGCUGGAUGGGUCUGAAGAGAUCCAGUCAUUGGCAUACCACUUGCUGAUCAGCUAUUACUCUUGGCCACUGCAGAGCCACAUUGAGGACCAACAAGACCCCUGUUGCCACCUGCUGGGGGAGGGGCUUCGUCUCUGUAAUAGCCCUAAAGGUCACGAGGGGCAGAGUGGGGCCACACUGUGUAAACUUGUGUUCCAAAAGUACACCUUAGAAAAUGACUUUUUGUUCCACAUACAACCCAUUACAUCUGAUGGUACCUACACAGUGACUGUCUCUGCUGGUAACCAUGGUGACUCAAAGAUUAGUGAUUGCCGUGACAACAAUGCAGUCUCGUUUCUUGAGACCCUGCUAGGGGAGACAGGGAGAUGUGUGGCAGAGGCUGAGAGGGACCUUGUCAGGGCCUCUAAACACUUUCCCAUCCACUGUCUGGUUCGUGCUGUGACGCAUUGCCUGUGUGAGUGUGAAGACGUGCACGGGAAACUUGUGUCUCGUGUCUCUGACAUUGCACUACAGCUGGUAGCCAUGUGUCGACAAAUAAUCUACCGCAUGAUGUCUAUCAUGUCAGGGGUCACCUCACAGGAAGCCUGUCCGUCCUUUGCAGAGAUUGGAGAAGCAAUUGAAAAUCUUCUUUUGGAAGGACAGGAAGAUUACAAUGAAGGGACGUCACUGUCUCCGGAAUUCCAGUACAUGUCGUCAUGGUGCUGGAACAACAUCAAGGAAAGUUGUGUUAGCCUAGGGGAGGUAACCCAAAAGCUGGUGAAUUGUAGUGCAGAGUUGCCUCCCUCUACUGUAGAGGACAUCAGGGCCACAUUCCUCUCUGUUCUUACCAAAUGUAGACACAAGGGCGUGAUCGAGGGGUGCCGUAGUGCCUUCAUUCGAUUCUGUUCUGCCCUAUUCUCCUGUACAGAUGAGUCCCUCUGUAAAAUACCGGCACAGACACUUCAGGAGGUGUUGUCUAGUUUAAAGCGUAAGGAGAUAUCUAGCUCUGUGACUCGCCGAUCUGCUGGGCUGCCAAUUAUCAUACAAGCUAUCCUGGUCAGCGAGAAGAGAAGUAAAAAGACCGCGCUUUUAAUUGAGGCCCAGCAAGGUCUAUCAGAAGUCUGCCAUCUCCCCCUGACCUCUGACCUGGGCCUCACUGACCUCCCCCAGGUACAUGGCCUCAACAUUCUAAACACGCUCUUCACUGAUGCAAGCCUCUCAUCCACCCUAAUUGCUCACAGCAGUCAUGUGACCAUCCUGGUUAUCCAGCUGUUUGGAUCCCCAUCCUGGUCCAUACGCAAUGCUGCCACCAUACUGUUCAGUACUAUGGUUACAAGGAUAUUUGGUCAGAAGAAAAGUAGAGACAACAAGUUGUGUAACUCUUUGACCUUCCAAGAGCUGUGUUCAUACUACCCUGAGUUGCCUCCCUUCCUGCUGUCAGUUCUCCUGGAGGCCUCUCACAGGGAUGUGAGGGACAUCUGCCAGCUACACCCAGGUCUCUUCCCUGUACUCACCCUCCUGGCUUGCCUCAACCCUACCAAAACAACAGACCCUGCACUUAUUGGGCGACUGAUAGAGUACAGGAAUCUGAUCAAGCUUUUCACCAGGAGUCCUGUGUACCAACUUCGACAUUUAGUUGCUUCUUCUCUAGUUGCCAUGGUUCCCAGACAGGAAAUGAUGUCAUCAGUGAUGUCAUGUCUCAAUGAUGACAUCACAUACCUGGCUGAUGAUGUUGAUGCAAACAGCCUGCAUGGGAACCUAUUAUUUGUGCACCGGGCCUUGGAACAUGUUGAUAACCCGUCCAGCCUGCGGUCAGUGUGGGGAGUGUUGGUGGACAAAGUGUGGCUGCUGGAUGCUAGGACGGGGAUACUGUCAGGUCUACAUGUGCAGCUACUGACCACUGUCCUGGCGGGCUCACCCAGCCUCGAAGUUCCCAGGACACUCACUGAGGCUGUGAUGACCAGGUGCUGCCAGGAUAGCCAGUUGGUUGGAGGCAGUGUGUUGUGUGAUGCUGGUGUGGAGUUUCUGCUGGCCUGUUGUAACCUCAGUGGUCAGAGUAUCCAGGCUGUGAUUGGUCGACUGCUAGCCAAUGGCAGUCCAGAAACCAGGGGAGCAUGUCUGGAACAUCUCCUUGGCAACCUGAUUAACUUGGACUUGGAUGAACCUGAGAACCUCAUGACAGACCUGCUGGCAGUGUUCAUAUCUGACAGUGACCUCCAGCACCGCUACUCUUCCCUAGAGUUGGUAUGUUUCCUGUAUGAGCAAUACGGACAGAUGGACAUAGAGGACUGGGCUCAACUACAAGGAGCUCUUGCAGACCUGGACCCUGCAAUGUGGAGUGGUCAGGCACGCUCAUCUGUGGUGGUUAUUGCAAGGGCAGUUUGUCUACACGUACAGGCUACAUACAUAAAGGAUAGCACAAGAGAUCCUGUAGCUGUUGGCAUGUUUGUAAAGGAGUUACAGAGGUGUUCCAUUGCUACCAAUGAGACUGAGCGCAUGUCAGGAGUCCGGGCACUAGGGAUUGCAGGGCACGGUCUGUUGGAAGACAAGGAGGGAGAACAUGUGGUCAGCCUGUUGGAUGUGUGUCUUACCCUGGUUCAAGAUGAAGACACAGACAUACGGACGGAGGCCUGCAGCUUUGUCAGUCAGGUUCUACAUCAGAAGGGAUUCACUGAGUAUCCUAGUCUUCACAGUAAUGUAUGUUAUGAGCUUCUACUAGAGUACACAUGUGCCCAGUUCUGGUCUUCUGCAUCCUGCCUGCAGUUUAUGCUGGCCCAGCUCACUGUAGGUCGCAACCUCCAGCAGGUGAUCUCUGAGCGCUCCACAUCAAGAUACAGCCAGCUCUAUGACACAGAGGACAACAGCUUCUUUGCAGAGAAAAUCUACAACUGUUUUCAUUUACAUAAACAGCUCACUGUGAUGAUAUCUAAGUGUAAGGAGAAAGGAAAAGUUGAAACUCUGAGGAAACUGUUUACUUCUUCAAACACUCUUAUUCUUCAAGAGGACCUGACUCUCCUUAGGCACAUUUUGGCUGAAAUUCAGCCUGGUGCCAUGAUAACCGUGAUGACAGACAGCAGUGUUUUGGCGGGAAGUGUGGGACUGGUUCUCACCUGUGAUAUAAUGGCCCGCCUCUCCUCAGACUGCAACCAUCAAAACCAGUCUGUCUACCAAAGCACACUGCACACCAUACAAGAGACGAAGCCUUUUCCGCCAUCCCUGAUGACAUCAUUGGGAAAUGUACUGCCAGUUUGAUGUUCGUUUUGCAGCAGACAUGUGUUUAUGUGUGGAUAUGAUCAUAAACAGAUACAAUUCUUAAAGAAAAGGCAUAAUAAAAAGUCGUAGAAAUGUA